GAGGAGAGUUCUCUGUUUUCUUGCUCCAAAGCUCCGAUCUUUCUGAGGAAACUUUGAGGGAGGAAUGGCGGAUUCCUCUCUUUCCCCUCGGCCCAGUCACUUCCUGUUGGGAUCGUCGACGUUGGACGAAUCGUACAGGCCGCUGCCUUCGCUUUACCUUGCAUUCCUGGUGAUUUGGGCCCUCUCCGCCUUCUCCUGGAUCGUCAACACCUGGAGGAACCGGUUUGUACAGACAAACAAACUGCAGUGGAUGUUGGCUUCUGUUCCGCUUGUUAAGGUUCUGCAGCUGGCCCUUUCAUGUUCAUUUUGGUAUUCUUGCAUAAACCUUCAAAUAUGUUCGUUGUGGAUGUCCUUUGGGGUGUAUGUAACUGGAAUACUCUUUCAAACAUCCUCUUUUGUCUCAUUUAUGCUCAUCUCUCAUGGUUAUUGCAUCAUCUAUGAGCGCCUUUUGGUACGUGAACGACGUAUAACUGCUGCAUUGGGUUGUAUACUCUACCUGACCCUUGUUGGCUAUAAAACUGCUGUGCCAUAUUUCACAGUAUUUCUUGUGCUGGCUUACUCUUUAUCAUUCUACAUGAUCUUCCACCACAUCUCCCACAGUCUGUUAGUUCUACGCGAACAGUUGAUUUUUAUCGAGGGCGAAGAUACCCACACAAUGCACAAUGCAUUAUAUGCUAAGUACAUUAUGUUCAAGAAAUUUCAAGGUGCAAUGCAAUUAGUAGCCAUGUCAGAAGUUCUGAUUUAUAUGAAUGUUGAUGAGGCACUGGAUGCUUACUGGUUUCGCUUGUUGGUACGCGAGUGGGCACAAGUUUGCAUCUUCCUGUACAUCGGGUGGACUUUUAGAACACAGGAAGUGUCACCACAUUUCUCUGUUAUGCCUGCCUUGAAGUCAAAAAAAGAGAUGGUUUUGCCUCCUGUAUAUAGCAUAGAAAUGAAUGCUGCUGACUUCAAUGACUUGGCUUCUCAACAAUUGCAUGUUGGUGUGCCAACUUCUUUUCCUUAUUCCAACUGUGGAAAUUCCUUUAAGCCACUGGUGGUAAUAGUUCAAAAUCCGCACUGCAGAAGCACUUCGCAAGAUCAGCCUCCAGUAGUGCUAUUAGACAAGUAAGUGUUUAACUUUAAAAGGGAAAAAAGAUCUUUAUCAACAGUCACUGACUAGGUGAUACAUCCAGUUUAAUGCUAUUGACAAAAGCUUGGAUAUUAUUUUGGUCUUUUGACUUUUUACAUGUGCAAGGGAUUUGACCCACAAAACUAGGAUCAUGUAAGAUAUAACUUGUGAAAAGUAUAUUCUUGAAUGAUAGAAAAUACAUCUCCACGAUGCAUCACAUUGUGUUCUUCAACCAUCAUUAUCCAUUUGCUCACUUGCUGUGAAUAGGAAAAUCUUCAGAGCAGAGGAUUGCAUACCACCUUUCC